GUUGGGACCUUCAGUUUGAGCACUUGACAUUUGGGGUUGAUCUGCUUUGGGAGUCAAUUUACAGGAAUAUCAUAAAAAAACAAAAAACAAAAAAAUCCCACUGGAUUUGACCGAGCAGCACCUGCUGGAGCCUUUCCUGCAGACCGGCGGCUAUCCGAGAGUGGUAGUAAUAUGAGGAAGCCUUUGAAUGUGCUCGAUCCCGGAAUAAGACCAGAGGACCUCCAGGGUGUUUAGACCGGGGAGCAGCAUGCAAACCAACCGGUGAACCGCUGCUGCCUGCCGAACCCCCUCCCUUGACCUUAGCCACCAGCACCACCAGACCAGCUUUUUCUUUUCUUUUGGCGACGGGAAUUCCAGACACCCCAGCUCUGUCUGCCAGCCUGCGCCAUGGAUUUCAUGCUACCCAUAAGAAGUCAAGAGAUGAUAGCUUUCUCCUGCUCCGAUCCUUUCCUGGAUCCCCACGGUGUCAACACCCGGUUCCCCCACCAGGCCGUCAAGAGAAAGCUGCGGCCUGGACGGAUUCUCGGCUUCGUCAUCAGCCUGGUGGCAGUCUGCACAGUUUGUUCACUGAGUGCCUUGUCGUUGGCCACAGCCGUGGCCACUGAACAGAGAGAAUCACUUGCCGAGUCCCCAGCCGACGCAACAGUGCCCCAAAGAACUCUUCUGCAGCGCCAGAAUGUGUCGGGCGCCCCAGAGGACACGCCGGUGGCCAUGAAGUCUUCCCACCUGGACAUGAACCAAGGAGACUACCCAACAGACUACUUCAGCGUGGAGGACAGGCGCCAGGGCUACGUGGUUCUUCACAUGUUUGGAAUGUUGUACAUGUUCAUAGCCUUAGCCAUUGUUUGCGAUGAGUUCUUCGUCCCCGCACUCACCGUCAUAACAGAGAAGCUGGAGAUCUCGGACGACGUGGCCGGGGCCACCUUCAUGGCGGCGGGCGGCUCGGCCCCAGAGCUCUUCACCUCCGUCAUAGGAGUCUUCGUCUCCCACAGCAACGUGGGCAUCGGCACCAUCGUGGGCUCGGCCGUGUUCAACAUCCUGUUUGUGAUCGGAAUGUGCGCCCUUUUCUCCAAGGAGGUGCUCAACCUCACCUGGUGGCCUCUGUUCAGAGACGUCUCGUUUUACAUCAUCGGGCUGCUCCUGCUCAUCUACUUUUUCCUGGAUAACCAAAUCACGGUGUCGGAGAGUAUCAGUCUGUUGAUGUGCUACACCUGCUACGUGACAUUCAUGAAGUUCAAUUCUCAGAUAGAGAACCUCAUCAAAACGAGGCUGGGGAGCAACCAGGUGGUCGAGCUGGAAGCCGCUCCAAAGGCAAAUUCAUCAGGAGACGAUGAGAACAAGUUGACGGCCAAACCCCGGCUGCAGAGGGAAGGCAGCUGUGCAUCUCUGCACAACUCCCUGAUGAGGAACAGCAUCUUCCAGCUCAUGAUACACACACUCGACCCCCUCAGUAAUGAAGGACGGUUUAAAGAGAAGGCUUCCAUCCUCCACAAAAUGGCCAAACAGAAGUGUAAAGAAGAAGCAGCCACGGCCAACGGUGUUGUUGACAAAAAGCUCACAAACAGCUCAAAGGUCGCCGUUGAGGUCACGCCGCCCAUGAACGGAGUCGCAGGAGGAGAUCAGGAGGGUGAGGAAGAGGAAGAUGAGGACCAGCCUCUGAGCCUGGCCUGGCCUGACACCCCGAGGAAACAGAUCACCUACCUGCUCAUCCUGCCCAUCGUCUUCCCCCUUUGGCUCACACUGCCCGAUGUCAGGAGAGAGACGUCUGAAAGGUUCUUUCCAGUCACGUUCAUCGGCUCCAUCUGUUGGAUCGCGUUCUUCUCCUACCUGAUGGUGUGGUGGGCUCACCAGGUUGGAGAGACUUUCUGGAUCACAGAGGAAAUCAUGGGUUUGACCAUUCUAGCAGCGGGAACAUCCAUCCCCGACCUGAUCACCAGUGUGAUUGUGGCGCGAAAAGGCCUGGGCGACAUGGCCGUGUCCAGCUCUGUGGGCUCCAACAUCUUCGACAUCACCGUCGGCCUGCCGUUCCCGUGGCUCCUCUACAACAUCAUCAACGACUUCAAGCCCGUGGAGGUGAGCAGCAACGGCCUGUUCUGUGCCAUCGUCCUCCUCUUCCUCAUGCUCCUCUUCGUCAUCAUUUCCAUCGCGGCUUGCAAGUGGAAAAUGAGCAAGUUUCUGGGCUUCCUCAUGUUCCUGCUCUACUUUGUCUUCCUGGUCGUCAGCGUCAUGUUGGAGGACAAAGUCAUCAUGUGCCCAGUCACCAUCUAAAGAAAUAACGAUUGCAAAAAAGAACAUAAAGUUGGAAUUUGCUCUUUAACAGUGCAAUAACAAACUGCCUGUUUUAUGUCUCACACUGUACUGUACUGUACACACACACACACACGAAUAAAUACACACACUUACAAGAUGUUGAUGCGGAUCAAGCAGGAGUUUAAGGCCCGUUGCUUAGGCCGCCCAAUCAGGAGACUCUCUUUGCGCCAUGUGACUAGACGUCACAGUGAGGACUGUCUGAGAAAUGUUGAAGCAAAAAAAAAACUAGAGAGGAAACGGAAACUGGAAGACGGGAGGAACUUUUCUUUUUGAACAAAGGACAAAGACUGAACGUCUCAGUGGGGAGAUUCAGAAUAUAAACUUGACGUGGACACACAAAGAGACAUGAUGUUGUUGUUGUUGUUGUUGUUGAGAAGCUUUGGCUUCCAGAUCAAGGGAGCCGUCGUGGGAAGAACGGAACAAAAGAAAAGCCAAGGUAAACUUUUAAUUUUGAUAGCAGCUUGUAGGCUUUGAGAUGUUAACAAUAUGCAACGCUUCAGAUUUUACUUUGCAAUAUGAUAGAAAGAAGGAUAUUGUCAAUAAUUUGACAGGAUUUUCAGACAGCUCUACAUGUCCAUCUCCUUCAUAAAAUGUAAAACGUUUAAUCAUAACUGGGUUCUCACGUGUGCUAAAAAGUAUGAACGUAAUUUUCUAUUCUGGCUGCCUUUAUGUGCACUGCUUUAGAAAGGGGAACAUGUUGAUUUGCUGAUUUUACUGUUUGGAAAGCACUUGGUGGCAAGGAUGUCUGGUUUUUUUUAUGUGCUGACUGCCCAGGGCGGCAUUAUCUUAGGGGGCAACUUGACCACAAAACUGAUUGCACACUGCUGGAGGGUAAAGACACUGGAGUUGGUAUUGGGAGUCAUAGUUCUCUAAUUUGAGCUAAAUUAAAGGGACCUUUCAUUCUUUUUGUUUUUUCUUAAGUAAUUUGGACAUCUCUUGUUCAACAUAUAAAACAUGUAUCAAACCUGAGCUAUGAAACAUGUCAUCUAUUUGUAAAGAAAAAAAAAAAACUACCAAAAUUAUGUUUUGUUUUUUGGCUUCAGACUGAAAUAAGCAUGAAAACCUCGGAACUUGGACUGGAACGUUUUACUGUGGCUCCAGUCAAAUUCUUUAAAUUACGGUUUUAAUCUCUAAACAAACGGUGCAGAACGAGGGGCAAAAACUGUCACCGAGUGAUGGACAAAAAGAUUAGCCCCCUCUGUUGUGUCGUUCUUGUUUAACUUUUUAAUACCUUUCUUCAGAUUAGGGAUUAAUAAAAAAAAAAAAAAAGAUGUUUCUUACCAGCAGGUAACGCUGAUUUUCACCGCUGAUUUUCUGAUGUACAACAGAUUGCACGUACUGUAAUUUCACUCAAUUUUCUGUAAGACCACGACUCUUAUUGCCAUCUAAAAGAGGAAGUAGUGUUCUCGUGUGCGCUUCGAGUCGGGAACGUCUCCACAGUCGGUCGGCUUAAAGUCUGGAAUCUGGGUUCAUGUGUGCAUGUAGAAAAUCUCAGUCUUUUUCAUCCUUUUUUUUCUUUUCUUUAACAAUGUAUGCAGACGUUUAAAAGCUUUUAAAAAUAUUAUUAUCAGCAACUACUGCAAAUACGUUAACCAUGUAAUGACGUUCUAUAAAUGGAAACAUUGUUGAUGUUCUACAAUAAAAUAAUCCCUUUCUG